UGAAAGCUGUGGAGAUACAGACAUGAUGAAGUUUGUCAUUUUUGCUCUCUUUGUGGCUGGUGCCUAUGGGUGCGGCGUGCCCACCUUCCCCCCUGUGAUGAGCAGGGUGGUUGGAGGAGAGGAUGUCAGGCCUAACAGCUGGCCCUGGCAGAUUUCCCUGCAGUACAACAGACAAGGAGAGUGGAGACACACCUGUGGAGGUACUCUGAUCUCUGACCAGUGGGUCCUCACUGCUGCUCACUGUAUCAGCAAUGGCAGGGAGUACAGAGUGGCCAUGGGAAAGCAUAACCUGGUCCAGACUGAGGAGGGUGUUGUGUUCAUGGGCACCGCAAACAUCGUUGUGCAUGAGAAGUGGAACCCCUUGUUCAUCCGUAAUGACAUUGCCCUGAUCAAGUUGGAGUCCCCUGUCACCUUCUCUGACACCAUCAUGGCUGCUUGUCUGCCCACUGCUGGAUUCAUCCUCCCCCACAACAAGGCCUGCUACGUCACUGGAUGGGGUCGCCUCUACACCGGAGGUCCCAUUGCUGACAUCCUGCAGCAGGCUCUCCUGCCUGUGGUGGACCACGCCACCUGCACCAAGCCUGACUGGUGGGGUCCUCAAGUGAAGGAUACCAUGGUCUGUGCAGGUGGAGAUGGAGUUGUGUCUGGUUGCAACGGUGACUCUGGCGGCCCUCUGAACUGCCAGAAUGCCGCUGGUACCUGGGAGGUUCACGGCAUCGUCAGCUUUGGCUCCGGCCUCAGCUGCAAUUUCCCCAAGAAGCCCACCGUCUUCACCCAAGUCAGCUCCUACAUCGACUGGAUCAACUCUAAAAUGGUGGCCUAUUAAGAGGAUGGGCUUUCGAGAUCAAAGCCACAGUGUGCACAUAAUAAUAAAUAAAAUAUUAAACAAU